CGUGUUGUUGGGUUUUUUUUUUUUUUUUUUUUUAAAUAUAAUCACGAUCUCAAUCGCACGAGGCCGGGAUGUCCACGAGGUCGACGCGGAGCGAAGCGCUCGACGACAUCUCCGCUUGGGGCACGGAAGAGGUGUUGGCACUGCUGCGCAAGAACGAACUGGAGGAUUGUUGCAAGGCGGUGCUGAAGCGACAAAUCGACGGCGACGAGUUGCUUCACUUGACAGAUGGCAAGCUGGCUCUCUGGAAGAGUGACCUCACGCGUCCGCUGAUGGGGAAAUUAUGGGCGUUUGUGCAAGAACUGAACAAAUCGCCGGAGAAAUAUGUGCCGGACAAGAUUGUCGAGAUGCAACAGAGCGACGAUCAUCUGAGCGACAACGAGUCCUGGGGAACCGAUUGGGAGGAUGAACCGACCGAGGAGAGCAAUUCCCUCGGGAUGACGCAGGAAUGCGUAAAACCAAACUCGACGAAGCAAGCGUGUUGUUCGCAGAAAAUGACGUAUUUUUUCAACAGGAUACCGUCGGAGCAAACAUUAGCAAAAUCAGAGCACGAGGAGACUUACGCCAAUUGCGAAUCUUGUCAGAAUGAAGAGGAGAAUACGUACACGAAUCUUGAGGAGAUGAAAGCACCGACAAGAAACGUUUCGGAGCUGCACAGUCAGAUAGAAAAAACUUUAGAGAAACAAAGCAAAGAGAUGAGACACAAAAACAAUCAGUCGGCGAACAAACCGACGUUGGGACCGAAACCGAAAACUUUGCCGUCGAAGAAAAUACCGGUUGCAGUUGUUGAUAAUAAACCUCUGCAAAAGUCUUUCUUGCACAAUGAAUCGAAAUCGCAGCAACCUGUUUCCAACGAGCACAUUAAAACACAAAAAGGAAGAAUGACGGUUCCGCCGCCGCCGGAACCCAAGAAGAAUUACAAUUCUGCGGGAUCGGACAAAGAAUUGGUGAAACGGCCGACUCUUAUAAGACACUUGGAUUUAGUGGCAAAUUUGCCGACGCGAACGAAAGAGAGCGAGGACGAGUACGAGACUUUCGACGAGAAUGUCAUCGAGCAGGCGCAAUCGAAGAAAGAAAUUACGCGCGUCGACAGCAAACUGUCGUUGCAUAGCGGUCGCAGCAUUCAAGGAUCGGUUGAAAGCGUUUAUAAACCACCUAGCGCUACCAGUCACGAGGAAGAAGAGGACUAUGAACUUUACGAGUCCAUUACGGAAAUUGAGGACAGCGGUUACUUGAGUCCCAUUAAAAAAACGAACAAUGUUCAGAGCCCGCCUCCCUUACCCGCUAAACCGUCGCCGUCUCCACCGUCUUCGACUUCUUCUUUCGACGGAACAAGGUCUAAGGAAAAUUCCGGGAAGCGAUCGCCGGAUAAGAAAUCAGCCACGCUACCUCACGCUGGCAGUAACACGUCAUUGUUACCCAACGAAAGAGCUACGCGACCGCUGCCGCUACUGCCCGACAGACAAUCGUACACCGACAAGCCCUGGUAUCACAAUGUCACAAGAGAACAAGCAAUCGCUCUUAUUGGAGAACAAGAUUCUUAUAACAAUCCGCAAGACGGAUAUUUCCUCUUGAGACCAUCAACCACAAAAGUUCGCAAUCCUUUUGUUUUGGUUCUCUGGUACAAGGACAGAGUUUACAAUGUUCCGGUUAGAAAGAGGAAUGACAACAGAUACGCGCUUGGAUCCCAGAAAGUUGGCGAGUUAUUUUUCUCGACGAUCGAGGAGAUCAUAACAUAUCACAUGAAGCACGAACUGAUGCUCGAAAGCGGCGGUGUGCCGAUUGGAAGUACGAUAUUGACUGACACCCCGUCAAAAUGAAAUUUCAAUCCGAUCUCCACUCGUAUCCGAAGCGGGAGAAAGAAUUUUCAUCGUUAAAAUUUCGUUGUAUAUAAGUUAUAUAGGACGUAUAUUUAAAGACACUGCCGUCAAGCAAUUUUGAUAAACGUUGCUGUAAUGCGUAGCUUAUAAUUAGACGAACAAAAAAAUCUUUAAGUAGUGCCUUCGCGUGCGUUAAGCGAUCAGACGUUUGAAUCGACCAUGAUCGCACUAUUUUUGCCUAUUAUGCCGAUGAUGACGAAGUUCUCUCAUAUUUGAGAAUUAAUCUCCAAUCGGUGCCUGUCUCUUCUAUGAUUCAUCUUAACAAUUAUUAAGUGCCUUCGACAAAACGACUUAAGCAAGCUCGAUUAUUGAGCGACGGAUCUCUUGUGAAAUAUUUUCCAUACAUUUUCUCUAUCUAUAUAUAGUUCUAUCUAUCUAUAUAUAGUUCUAUCUAUCUAUAUAUAUAUACAUAUAUAUAUAUAUAUAUAUAUCUAUAUAUAGUUCGGAUAUCUAAGAGAAUUAAGUUUUAUAC